UAUUAUGUAUAUUGUAAAGACUGUAGAGGAUUGAAUCCUGGUAAAUUAAGGUUUAAUUGUUCAACUUGUAAAGAAGGUGCCUUUAUAACUGAUAGGGGACCUGAUAGUUGGUAUGAUAUUACAGUACCAAACAGAAUUUCAGGAAAUUGUCAAAAUCAAACUUGUGAUGGAAAAAUGGCAGAGUUUUAUUUUAAAUGUGGUGAAAGUCAUAAUGAUAUCUAUUGUAAGCCUGUUGGUUUACGUCAUAUCAGACCUAAUAGCAGACAGAUAGACUGUAUAGCUUGUGGAGAAAAGCAAUCUCCAGUAUUAGUGUAUCCAUGUCCAGAUGGUCAUGUGACAUGUUUAGAUUGUUUUACGAGAUAUUGUGAAGUUAUGUUAAAUGAGAGAAGGUUUAUACACAAUGAUGAUUAUGGUUACACAUUGCCCUGUCCUGCUAAAUGUGAGGGUUCUUUAAUUCAAGAGAAUCAUCAUUUCUGUUUAAUGGGAGAGGAAUUGUAUAAUAAAUAUAAAGAAUUUGCUGCAGAAGAGUAUGCUUUAAGGACUGGUGCUAUUUUGUGUCCAGGACCAGAUUGUGGAAACGCCAUUUAUCCUGAAUCAUUUCAUGAUCAACGAAAAUUAAGAUGUGCUGAUUGUGAGUAUAAUUUUUGUGCUGACUGUCGAGGAGCCGUACAUGAGGGUGAUUGUAAUGUUCAGUUAUUAUUACCUCCACACCAGGACAAUCCAGUAGAUGAAGAGAGAGCUCAAAGAGCCAGAUGGGAGAAACAAAGUUUACAGAUUAUUUCUAAAACAACGAAACUCUGUCCUAAUAAAGAAUGCAGAUCACCAACAGAAAAAGAUGGUGGGUGUUCGCACAUGUCAUGUUCCCGUUGUGGUUUCAGUUGGUGUUGGAUUUGUGAAACAGAAUGGACUACAUCGUGUCAAGGAGAUCAUUGGUUUGAUUAG